UGAUGUUGCAGUUGGUGUGAAGAGAGGAUCUGACGAACUUCUUUCAGGCAGUGUACUCAAUAGCCCGAACUCUAACAUGAGCAGCAUGGUAGUUACUGCCAAUGGUAAUGACAGCAAGAAAUUCAAAGGUGACGAUAAAAUGGAUGGGGUUCCCUCUCGUGUUCUUCAUAUCAGGAAAUUGCCUGGUGAAGUGACAGAAACAGAAGUUAUUGCUUUAGGUUUACCUUUUGGCAAGGUAACCAACAUCCUGAUGCUGAAAGGAAAAAAUCAGGCAUUUUUGGAACUGGCAACAGAAGAAGCAGCUGUCACAAUGGUUAACUACUAUUCUGCUGUGACGCCUCAUCUUCGUAACCAACCAAUUUAUAUCCAGUAUUCUAACCAUAAAGAACUAAAGACUGAUAAUACACUAAACCAGCGGGCCCAAGCUGUUCUCCAGGCGGUGACAGCAGUACAGACAACGAACGCACCCAUCAGCGGGACCACAGUUAGUGAGAGUGCAGUGACUCCAGCCCAGAGUCCCGUACUUAGAAUAAUUAUUGACAACAUGUACUAUCCUGUAACCCUGGAUGUUCUUCAUCAGAUAUUCUCCAAGUUUGGUGCUGUGCUGAAGAUAAUCACAUUCACGAAGAAUAACCAGUUUCAGGCUUUGCUACAGUAUGGUGAUCCGGUAAAUGCGCAGCAAGCAAAACUAGCUUUAGAUGGUCAGAAUAUCUAUAAUGCUUGCUGUACCCUCCGGAUUGACUUUUCCAAGUUGGUGAACUUAAAUGUUAAGUACAACAACGAUAAAAGCAGGGAUUACACUCGUCCUGAUCUUCCUUCUGGUGAUGGACAGCCUGCACUGGACCCAGCUAUUGCUGCAGCCUUUGCAAAGGAGACCUCACUUCUAGCUGUUCCAGGAGCUCUGAGUCCUUUGGCUAUUCCAAAUGCUGCUGCUGCAGCCGCUGCUGCUGCUGCUGGCCGUGUGGGCAUGCCUGGAGUCUCAGCUGGUGGCAAUACAGUCCUCCUGGUUAGCAAUUUAAAUGAAGAGAUGGUUACGCCCCAAAGUCUGUUUACCCUCUUCGGUGUUUAUGGUGAUGUGCAGCGCGUGAAGAUCUUAUACAAUAAGAAAGACAGUGCUCUUAUACAGAUGGCUGAUGGAAACCAGUCACAGCUGGCCAUGAGCCAUCUUAAUGGACAAAAAAUGUAUGGAAAGAUUAUUCGGGUUACCCUUUCCAAGCAUCAGACAGUACAGCUACCUCGAGAGGGACUCGAUGACCAAGGACUCACUAAAGAUUUUGGGAAUUCGCCUCUGCAUCGUUUCAAGAAACCUGGUUCAAAAAACUUUCAGAAUAUAUUCCCUCCAUCCGCCACACUUCAUCUGUCUAAUAUUCCACCGUCAGUAGCAGAAGAGGAUCUACGCACAUUGUUUGCUAACACUGGUGGCACUGUGAAAGCCUUUAAAUUUUUUCAAAGAGAUCACAAGAUGGCACUUCUUCAGAUGUCAACAGUGGAAGAAGCGAUUCAGGCUUUGAUUGAUCUUCAUAAUUACAAUCUUGGAGAAAAUCACCAUCUGAGAGUUUCUUUCUCUAAAUCAACAAUUUAAAAAGGCAGAUUGAAAAUGAGGGUGUAUUGCGUUGUUUGGUAUUGUCACCUAUUGACUGUUCAGGAAAGUGGGGACCAGAGUUUGUCUUCUGUUUUGCUUUUUUUUUUUUCUUUUUUUUUUCCUUCUCCAUGCUGUUAUCAUUCCUUGGUUGUUUAAAAAAUAAAAAGCAGUGAUACUAACUGCUGUUCUUCAACUGUUAUUUAGAUAAAUCAUCACUUUGUUUAAAAAUUCAAGUUAAUCCCACAGUUUUUCAACUUAGUUGACAUACGUGCCUUAAAAAGGAAAACUAGUAUUGCCAGAAUUGCGUAACUAGUAAAACAAAUUUGGUUGUCUGGGGCACAUUGUUACAUGAUAAUUUAAGUAUGUUUAGGCAGGGGUGUGUAAAAAGGUUAAGCUUUUGUUUCUCCUGCGUGGAAUUGAUUUGUUUUAUCUGCUGGUUUGUCACUUUUUUUUUUCUUUUUGAUUGGAUAAUAAGAUGUUGAAAGAGUAGAACAAGGUGUAUUUGAUUUCUGCUACUUUUUUUGCCUUUUGUACUUCAUGGUUCUGGUCUAGAUUCAGUUAUGAAUGUAGGCAUUAGUUAAAAUUAAGAUACAGAAUAUUAAUUUCUUAAAGGACAAAAAGUGACUUCUGUGACUUUGAGCCCUACGUGACAAGCGUUGUGGAAUCUUAACCUUUUUGUACACACUCUUGUGGGAUGUAUCAUAUAAAUGUCAGCACUAAGUAAUGUCUUGUUUGUGGCUGAAUACUUUUUGUAGAUGUUUUUGAAGUUGACAUGACUUAUGUGCAUUUAAAUAUAUAUUACCAUCUUUAGUUUGUAGAUAUGGAAUAUGGUUGUGGAUUUCUGAGCAUGUACAGACUGGUCGAGCUAGUUCAGGGACUGGUGCAUGUAUUUUUCAAUGAGGAAGAGGGUUUGCUGUGAACAUUUGCAGGAAAAUCUGUGGCAGUUUACUAAAACUGACAGCCAGGUGGGACCAAAGUUUAUGUGCCUUUAGUCUUAAUUUACCUUGCAUUGUAAUAUUCAGUUUUAAUAAAUCUCUUCAAAAUAUUUUGUAUUUAGAAAUGGAUCUGACUUUACUAUAAACAUGGCUCAGAAUCUACAGGUCAAAUUAAUUUGAAAACAGUUCUCUGUCAGUCUGAACUGUUACCUUGAUUCUGUUUAAAUGACCAAUACUUUUUGAAAUUGAUGUACUUAGUUUCAAGAUUCAUAGAUUCUGUUAUCUAUGUAGAAAAAAGGUCAUGUAUAUUUUCUAUUAGUUGAGUUUUUACAUCUUUAGAAAUGUAAAAUUCAGUAUAGUUUGAAAGUGGCACAAUUAAAAAUUAAUUUUCUAACAAAGUUGGGAGGUUUGACGGUCGUUUAAUUUCAUCGUAUGUGUACUCUGCUUACCUCUGUAGCAUGCUCAAUAAACACUUCUGUAGCUC